UGUCGUCUGAAGACUGCACCUGCAGACGUGGAAUUGACUAGAGAAUCUAAAAUGAGUUGUAAGCAGCCACACGUUCUUUCAAUUCAAAGUCAUGUCGUUUCUGGAUACGUUGGAAAUAAAAGUGCCACUUUUCCAUUGCAGUUGCUUGGAUUCGAUGUCGAUACAAUCAAUUCCGUUCAAUUAUCUAAUCAUACAGGUUACAAGGUUUUCAAAGGACAAGUGCUAAACGAUCAAGACUUAACGCAACUGGUAGAUGGAUUAGCGGAAAAUGAGCUUGACAAUUAUAGUCACUUACUCACUGGUUACGUGGGAUCUGCUUCCUUCUUGAAUAGAAUAGCUCAGUUGGUCAAGGCUCUCAAGAUUAAGAAUCCGAAUCUAGUUUAUGUUUGCGAUCCUGUCUUGGGCGACAAUGGGCACAUGUAUGUUCCGGAAGAAUUGAAAAAUAUUUAUAAAAAUGAUAUCCUCCCAUUGGCCGAUAUCAUAACACCCAAUCAAUUCGAAUUGGAGCUUCUUACUGGACUGACUAUAAAAACAAUGUCGGAAUUAAAAGAAGCAAUAAAAGUUCUGCACAGCAAGGGUCCAAAAAUUGUCGCUGUUUCGUCAACAGACAUUGAAAAUAAGUUAACAUCGGUAACGAGCGUAAGCAAAGAUAAUACAAUGAUAAAGAUAGAAGUUCCGAGAAUACCAGCAAUUUACACUGGUUCUGGUGACCUUUUUGCUGCGUUGCUGUUGGCUCAUACUUAUCUGGAAGAUGAUAUCAAAAUUUCUCUUGAAAAAACGAUAAACACACUUUUUGAAGUUCUUGAAAAAACCUACCACCAUUCUCUGACUAUCAAGGAAGCAAAUGCACAGCAAGCAAAGAAAAUUGAACUUCGAUUGAUUCAAAGCAAAAAGAAUAUUGAAAAUCCAAACAUUCUACUUCGUGCUGUGAAUUUUUAAGGCAGAGUACUUAAUAAAAAAAAUGUAUUUUUAGUUUACAAGGAAUCUAAGCUCCUCGAAUAAAAAAGUCAGCCAUAUACUUAAUUCGAGACUUAAUUUAGAAAUCGUGUGUUAGUCAAAAAUUGUACAGUGGUGCCUAAAACUUAAAAUGACAAAAUUGAAAAGCAC